CGCGUUCUCCGUGUUUCCGUAAGCCGCGUAACUUUGAAUGGAAGGCGGCCGAGGUGUGUGCCGUUGGCACUCGAUUGUAAUUCGCGCGUGAGUCGGCCGCAGGUGAGGACGGCACACACGUGGACGAGAGCGAGCCGACGGACGGAGUGUUUGUUAUUCGCCGUCGCUGCUUGACAUCCAUUUAGUUUACAACGUAUCGUAACGUGACGUAAUUGUACGCGACUCUUUCCUUCGAUAAAUGCACGGCAUCCAGUGGGAGUUUCCGAAGUGACGGAACGAGCCGCACUUUGUUCGUAUUCGCGAGGCUUCGCCGGAUCGGGGCUUAAUGAAACUCGUCGUUAAGGUCGCCAAGACUGCACAGAGGGGUGAGCGCGUUGGGAAGAAGGAAGGAUCGAUUGCUAUCGGAUCGGACUGAAAAUCCUUCAAACUGGGCGACGGAAAAGGAAAACAUCGAAGAGUCAGAAUGGCUGACGAAAGUCAACAGAGUCAACAGCCGGCUUCGAAAGGUCACAAGGUCCUGAGCCACCUGCCGAUCGCCAUCAAAGUCUUCGAAGUGGUAGUAGCCAUUUUCGCGAUCGGUCUGCUGGUGGAUCCCAUGAACUCGUUCCAGAAGAUCUUCAACAGGCCACGAUUCAAGCUGGACGACUCCGCUACCAUUUACAUCACGGUCGCCGGCUACAUCCUCAUCAAUUCGCUUUUCAUCAUCAGCCACAUGCUGGGUGAUCGCGUGCCGAAAAGAACGUUAUUAAUGUUUGCAUCCGUGGGCGCACUAAUGCACGUUGUGGCAGGAAGUUUGAUAGUCCACAAUUGGCGCAACCUUCACGGUCGUUAUUAUUACUCGCACAACAAUGAGAUUCAUCCCAGCAAGCAGUACAUGGACAUGCUUAUAUCCUCAGCCGUAUUUACGUUCGUGAAUGCGGCAGUAUUCAUCGCCGAAAUUAUCGCCAUAUUGAGAUACUCGUGAAUCGUAUAUUUUUGCGAAAGAUCCAACGAUCGAAAGAAGUUGAAGUGCACACGAGUACCGCCAAAGUUACAAAUAAUCUCUUCGAAAAAAUAUAUCAGGUAACCAGGAAAGUUCGACUUUUAAUAUCAAAAAAUAAGGAGGGAGAAAGAGGAGGAGGAGGAGGAGGGAGAGUAAAAAGUGUUAAUCAAAUUUAGAAGUCAUUAAUUAGUGUAGUUUGAGUCCUAAUUAAAACGCAAACAGACAGUUUAGCGCAAUAUAUAAGUUGCACGUUGCUACUUAUUACACGAUACGUAAAACAACGUAAGUCAUUUCUACCAAAACUGCGCGAAAUUUCCUGGUUAUAUAAUAAAAGAAUUAUGUAAUGUAAUAUAAACCUACUUUUCUUUAAGUUUAUUAUAAAUUUGUUGAAACCAAUUUUACCAUUUCCAAAUUAACGCGACCAAGAAUUAAAUCAACAUUACAAUGCAUCAUUACAAUAUAUAUUUUACGGAUUCUUCAAGAUAGAAAUAUUUUUAACAAACUGUGUGACCAAAAAAUUAUAUUAAAAAAAUUAUCAGAAAAAGAUAUAGCAAGUCCGCACCAAGUAAAAAGAUAAAGUUUAUUAUGAAUCAUUGUAACAAGUAUUAAUUUUGUAAAUCAAAUGACAUAUAAAUAAGCAACGAAAUUUAUCUAUAUAGUAGAAAUAUAGUAAUAGUUUAUACAGUAUAUAUGUAUUUCCAUUGUAAUAGUUAUAUAUAAUAACGUGUAAGUGACGUCACAUAUGUAUAUGCGUGUAAUUACUAUCACAGCAGUUAGUAAUAAUAGUAGACACAGCUGUACUAAUGUUAUAUAUUAGUAUAGUUAUGUAGCAUUAAGAUAUAACACAUGAAAUCGCAAUCAACGUAUGUAAUCGUCGCAAUUUGUAAUAAUUCUUUGCUAUUCC